UGGUGCAGGAUAAGGCGUUACUGGGUAAGCCAUCUUACUAACAGGUACGGACAUGAGUUGAUCCCGCACUGAUGAACACCUCCCACCCGUGCCCUCUGUACGCUGUGUGUUUCAUCGUAGAGGUUUUGUAUGCGGCGCUUCGUGAAAGCUCGCUCAACAACCCAGGCCAGUUUUAUGUGCUAAAAGAUCGUUCCAUAUCAUUCAUCGAUUUGGAAGAAAAGUCGACGCUGCAAUGACUGGCUCUGAUGACUCAGGAGUGGUACUCUCCGCGAGUGAUGAGCAAAAUGAACCGAUUGAGGUUAGCGCGUCCGGAGAAGUCCCUACCAUGUCUUCAGACAAUGUAGUCGAGUCUCGCAGCGAUGCGACACCUACUAAGCUCGACGAGAGCUCAGCAGCACCGGCUCCAGAGACGAAGGGCGACAAAUCGCAAUCGGAGGAUGCCAGCGUUGCGAAAGCAUCCACGGACGACAAAGGCAAGGCUUCCAUCAAACCUGAACAUAACGUAAACGAUGUUUCAGACGCCGACAAAGGAGACCUCAGUGACGGUACGGAUAUCGAUGAAUAUCUUGAAAGAUACAGAACAAAGUACGACAACAUGAAAGCGCGUAUCAAAGUAGUACCGAAACGUGUAAAGCAGUCUCACCAGUAUACGACAAUCUUGGAAGAAAGACUUUCACUCCUAGAGGAUAGAACCACGGCUUUUGACAAGAAACUGCGCAGAAUAAUAGAUGGUGUAGACGAGCCUCCACCACCGCCUGAUGAAGAGGAAAUUUAUCUGAAGCCCGAGCUCAGAUUCCAACUCUCGAAAGGGCUGAAGCCCGUACCUGGCGCACCAAAAGUAAGCGAGACUCACGAAAUCGACGUUUUCGUUGGAGAACCAGAAGUGCAGAAGGGUGAGAGGUUUCGACGACGAAAGACGCAGUCCAACGCCUUGGAAGACGAUGGUGCUGAUGAACAGGAAGUCGCAUUCGAUCCAGCCUCGGACCGCACACCUCAAUCCAUCGACGAGAAAAGGCUAAAGGAUGAAAUCGAAAAGGCUAAGAACAAGCAAUUUCCAAACCGAGUUCGUUUCAACGCCGAAGGGGUGGUAUAUCUGUUCCGGAAGUACCUUGGUGGCAACAAUGGCUCAUUAGACGAUAUCGUGCUACGGCCUUUCAAACCUCUACUUCAAAACAAGGAAGAGAUACUGAGUGUCAUGUUUGAAGUGGUUUCAGCGCUGACUAGAAUCGUCAAUCAACGCGGAAGGAAGGGUGCAGAAUUGGCCACCGAUUCGAAGAAUUCCGAAGAAGCCAAAGAUGUAGACGCUGGAGCCAAGACACAAUGGCCUCAUGUCAUUCCCGCCUUGAUAGAAAAACCUGGGCACAUUGUAUUACAGGAGCUCAAGAAUGCUCCUGAUGCCAUCACGACAGAAGAUUGGGAUAUUGUUCUCAAAGAGCUUGAUCUUUUCGACGAGAAGAACGGGUGCUCAGGGGAGAACAUGAAAGGCUGGCCAAACUUGGCCGAGGUUGAGAGGUCCUUUGGAUGCUUCAAGAGCCUGCUGGACGAUUAUCUGAUACCUGGCCACAUGGAAUAUCGAGAGCGUAAGGCCAAGAGAGUGCGGUUCUGUGAUCUAUGGCAUGUGUUCCAAACUGGCGACCUCGUAAUUACCAAACGAUUGGCGAGCUUGGACGAGACCGAGACCCAGGAUCGGCUCGGCAUGAGGGUUCUCAUGACAGCUGGUGGUCGAAGGGUGAUCAUGUCCAAACUUCCCGCCCCAGUCUUGCCAUCUCCUGUCAAUCUAUCGAACUCCAAAGACAGGAUUGAGCCCAUUAAUGGUGUCAACCCAUUCUGCAUCCAUGCAUAUUAUCUGGACUUCAACGGCUCCAGAAUGGUUCCUGUACGACGGCGGAUUGUGAUUGCUCCAUACAACGGCGAACGAAAUAUUUCAGAUCUUGAGGUUGUUCCUAUCGAGUAUGCGGCUUCUGCACUUGAUUCGCUCGAAAAGCGAGGCCAAAAGUUCGUCAAAGCCGUUACAGCUACCACGGCGCCUUAUGUGGAUUGCAAGGGUCUCGAGCUCCGCACUCGGGAGGAGCUCAACGACAGAGUUAUCGUUGACAUGAAGAGUUACCUUAGUACGAACCCUGGUGAGAUUCCAUCGUACCAGGAACCAGAAGAGCUUGACAUAUCAGAGACUAGCGAUUGCCCACUUGGAACAGGCUGCAAUUACGCAAGCCUUUCCUGCUACCACCGAACUACGGUUGUGCAUGAUCAAAUGACAGAUCUUGCAGCCUAUCAGGAAUAUAUUGAUGAGAAGCCCGUGUUCAAUCCGCUGUCAGACACGCCAAAAGCUGGUCUCAUAGAGCCUUCGGAUUUCAGCAUUUGCCAUUACCGCGUCUUUGCUUACAAGCUACGUUCGCGUGAGUGGGUGCAUGUGAAUGUCAAGCAUCUCGAGCCACCACAAGAGAUCGACAGGAACAGAGGAUUCGAGAAGUUGGUCCUGUCGGAGGACCACAAACACAUUCUCGAGUCUCAGGUCCGAGAGCACUUCCGUAAGAAAGGUUCACAAGCCGUUGGGGGGAGUUCGGAGAAUGACAUGGACUUGGUUCGAGGCAAAGGACAAGGCCUCAUCAUCCUUCUUCACGGUAAGCACCCUUUCGUAAGUGUCGAAAUAUGUGACUUACCAGACUUAGGGGCUCCUGGAGUUGGCAAGACUGCCACUGCCGAAUGCAUUGCUGAUCUGAUGGAGAAGCCGCUCUAUCCUAUCACAUGCGGCGACCUCGGAAGCUCGGCAGAGGACGUCGAGAAGAACUUAAAGAAGCACUUCACGCUGGCUAGCCGCUGGGAUUGCGUGAUGCUACUAGACGAAGCCGAUGUCUUCCUCGCCAAAAGAAAACUUGAGGAUCUUCAGCGCAACAGUAUCGUAUCGGUAUUUCUCCGUAUGCUGGAGUACUACAAGGGUCUACUCUUCCUGACGACAAAUCGCGUUGGUACUUUUGACGAGGCGUUUACAUCCCGGGUGCAUAUCUCGCUGUUUUACCCCAACUUCGACAAAGACACCACGCUCAAAGUGUGGAAAACUUUCAUCGAUCAAACUAAGUUUGUGCUCGAAAGUAGCGGUCGCACCAACGUGACCGUGGAUGCGGAAGGUAUUGAGAAGUUUGCCAAGAAGCACUGGAAAGAGAACAAGCAAGCACGCUGGAAUGGGCGACAGAUCCGCAACGCUUUCCACACCGCAGUUGCUAUGGCCGAGUUCGGCGCACGAAGCCGAAAGACUGGCGAAGACUAUGAUGACGGCAAAGAUGUGAAGAUAAGCGUGGGCAAAGUUGAGUUUGAAAAGAUUGCCAACACCGCUAAAGAGUUCGGUGUUUACAUGACCGAGACAAUGGGGGAUGCUGACUUCGUAGCAUCGAGAGAUGGUUUGAGAAAGCAGCAGAAGGAGCCAAAAGAGAAAACGAAAAAGAAGAAGAAGAAGAAGCAGUCCAAGUCGAAGAAGCAAAGCGAAUCGAGCUCUUCCGAGAGCGAGAGCGAGGACGAAGAUGAGUCUGACAGUGAUUAGUAGGCUGGAAGAGAGGAACUCAAGUGGACAAUCUCUUAUAGCGCGUUCUCCUUAGUUAAAUCGGUGGUCUCCAUGACAUCUCUUUUGUCCAGUGAAUCAAGUACACAAUGACAUUGCGCAAAGAUAUUGGUCAAAGGAGGAUAGUCCUCUGGCGUCUAAGCUUGCGUACCUGGUCAUAGCGUCCCACGUCAUCCCUCUCACCUGCUGAGGCAUCACGUCGUUCGCGCACCCACC